UUCUUUCCCAAAAUACUACAAAAGAAAAUUGGUUUUUCCAAUUAUCCUACUGUUUCCUUGUUGUUUUUUUGUAAACAAAAAGAUAAAAACUUGUUAAAAAAUGUAAAAUUUCAUAAAAAUUCCUUAACAUUCUAUUAAGAAAUAUAAAUAAAAUGUUUAAAAUGUUACAAUUUAAAAUAAUAACAUAAAAGUAUUGUAAUAAGAAGUAUUACGAUUUGGGGGUCAUUGCUGGAAGCAAUGAUUCCAUGGGUACGUGAAAAAUUUGCAGAACGUCGUGCCAAAUGGCUGGCGGCCCGUAAUAAACGUUCCACGAAUAAAAGUGAAGAUGAAGAUGAUAAUUCAUCGACUAGUGCCAGUGAUAUAGCGCCCAGACUGCAUCGCCUGCAAGAUAAUCCCGAAGAAUCGGCAAAUAGUUCGAACGCCACCGUAACGGCUCCGGUCCCAACCAGUGGCCGUUCACCACUUACACCACAAACCGCCCAUAGAUCAAUGAGAGGGUCUUCAGCAACGUCACAUUGUCAUCAUCAUCACCAUUCAUCGUCAUCAUCAUGUUCCUUGACCAACUCAACGUCUAAUAAUAUUAAGUUAAAUAAAAUAAGAAGUUCUCGUCGUUCUUCGGCUGCAUCUUCAUCUGUAGGUUCUUGCCACAACAACGAUGAUAUCCUUAAAGGUCCCUCCACCAAAGAACGUAUAAAAGUACGCAUUGUCUGUCCAUCGGCUCGUAUUUUGGUUUUCCAAACAGAUAUCAAUAGACGUUUACUCGAGUUAAAGAGUGAAAUACUUUUAGAGCUUAAAGAUGAUAUGGGCUCUAUGCCCCUCUUUGCUACAGAUCCACGUUCGCUGGGUCCAAAGUUUCGUUUAUUAAAGGCUGAUUAUCAGGGUUCCGAGCUAAAUGAAAAUUUGACAUUGGCUCAAUUGGAGAUAGGCAAUAAUGACACUUUAGUGUUGGUGGCCAAACGUAAUCAUUUGCAGAAUUUAAUGACGCAAACGAGAGAGACGCGUACACCGCCAGAGGCUGAAAUUGAAAUGGCAACGAGAAGUUUGCCCGUACGUACUAGUGAGAUACCAAUGGUUGAUAUUAAUGAGAUAUUUCAACAGUCUAAUCUGCAAUUUGAUGUCCGUAAAGUUUUGAUAUCUUUGGCACAAGCUUCAUCCGUUAUUAUUGGUUCCGGCCCCUAUGCUAAUCGUUUGAUAGCGAUGCUUAAGCAAAAACUUAUCAAUAAACGUAACUAUCAAAAUGAUACUCUACAGUGCCUUGUGGACAUGGGUUUUAAAAAAGAAAAGGCUGAAUAUGCUCUAAAAAUACACAACAAUAUCUAUUCGAAUGCUUUGGAAUGGCUUAUUUUAAGGCAAUCAGAAGAGAUGGGCAUAGAGGAAACGGUUAUGGGUUUACCUAGAACUAAUUCUAUAGCCUCACCAUCGGGUAUAAUAUCAAAUGAUGGUCCUAUUGAUAAUAUAGCAGCUUUAUUAGAAAUAGUACGCAUUUAUAGUCAUCGUGAUAUACCACCCACACCAGAGACCAUACAAAAUCUCGUUGAAAUGGGCUUUCCCGAAACUGAAGUUAUAGAAGCUUUAAAAAAAACUUGCAAUAAUAAGGCAGCUGCUUGUGAAUGGUUGUGCGGUAAUCGUACCGGUAGUUUAGUUGAAUUACGUGAAGGUUUAGCCCAAGAUUCUCCCAUAUUAAAAACAAUACUUGAAUUACCACAAGUACAAUUGAGCCUAAGCAAUCCCAAAAUAUUAUUAGCCUUUUUAGCCAUAUUGGAAAAUGAGCAUACUAUACGUGUUUGGGGUGGUGAUAAUGAUACCACCUCGGUGAUAACACAUAUCCUGCAAAAAUACCAUGAAGAAAAACAUGUUUUAGGCAUCAAUCAAUUCUAUAGUAGUCGAUAGUUUUUUUUGUUUGAUUUUUGUAACUUUUCUUUUUUAUAUUUCUUGGGUUUUCUUUAAGAAGUUGUUAAUACUAAAACAAAAUCUACUAAAUAUUUAGAAAUAAAUACA